AUGUGGCAGGCGGCAGGGGAUGCAGCUAGGGCGGCCGGGCGCUUCGCCCGGCGCCAUCGGCGAGCCAUCGUCGUAGGUGGAGUGGUGGGAGCGGCUGCUUGCGUCUACCACAGCAUGAAGAGGGCACUGAAGGAGGCCGAGGACGAGCACGCGGCCAUGCUGGUCCAGGCGGGACACGAUGCGAGGAGGAGGCAGUGCAUGUCGAGGACCCGCGGGGAGUGCGUUGCCGCCCUGGCCAACUUCCUGCCGGCCCUGAGAAAACGCCUCUUUCUUGCUGUAGAUGUCACCGGUCCGGUCCGAGAGCUGAAAGCUCUCAGGACUGGGUUAGCGGGAGCUACUGCAGCGGCAGCGGCGGCGGUUACGACCGAUGGAGGGGCAGGGGGCGGCACCGGCAGCAGCAGCAGCGACAGCGGGGGGGGCGGGAGCGCGGUCGCCGACGGUUCGGCGGCGGCAGAGGCGGAAGAUCUACAGUCCCGCGAGGUGGAGCUGUGGGAGCAGGUGAAAGUGACGGCGUUGACUCGACUGGUGGUGUCCCUGUACGCGUUCAACGCCCUCGCGCUCAUGCUGCACAUGCAGCUGCACAUUCUCGUCGUUUGACCAUUGACCUCGCAUCCCUAUAAAGCCGGGACGGAGCACGCCGGGUUCUCACCGGAC